AUGGCAUAUGUGCUCAUCCAAUUGUUGAUCAGUUUAAUAUUAUUUUCGGAUGAUAUUGAUGGAACUGUAAUUAAUUGUACAGUGUAUCCAAUUAUAUUACAAUCUGUACCUAAUCGAAUAGUAGGUACAAUGGCUAUUGCGAAUAUGUCUAAUGAAGAAAUUUAUUGGAAUCAUGUACAUUUUGAAACAGGUGUACAAUUUCCGUUAAAAUUUUCAAUUAUUAUUAAUAAUUAUGAAAUUAUUCCUGAUAAGUAUAUACUUCAAUUACAUAUUUACGAGCUACCACGUGAGAAUUAUGAUUUACCAUUAUGGUCUGCUGAUAAACAUGCUUUCCUUCAACGAAGUGACAAACCUAAUUUAGUCGAUUUUUUUGCACAUAGUGACCGUAAGUGA